AUGCUGCAGGUUGAGCUGGCCCAGACGGACUACCAGCUUCCGCGCCUCACCCGCAUGUGGACGCAUCUCGACCGCGUGGGAGGCGGCGGCCAGGUCAAGGGUGCGGGAGAGAAGCAGAUCGAGAUCGACAAGCGCCUGCUGCGGGACAAGGCCGCCGUGCUGCGGCGGGAACUGCAGGAGGUGCGGCGGCACCGGGCCGCCCACAGGGAGCGGCGCGGCGCGGCGCCCAUCCCCGUGGUGGCGCUGGUGGGCUACACCAACGCCGGCAAGAGCACCCUCAUGAACACGCUCACGCAGAGCACCCUCAUGAAUACGCUCACGCAGGCGGGCGUGCUGGCGGAGGACAAGCUCUUCGCGACGCUGGACCCCACCACACGCAAGGUGCGCCUCCGCAACAACCUGGAGGUGCUCUUCAGCGACACCGUGGGGUUCAUCCAGAAGCUGCCGCCCCAGCUGGUGGCCGCCUUCACGGCCACACUCGAGGAAAUAUCAGACGCCGGGGUCGUGCUGCACGUGCUGGACGCGUCCGCCCCCAACGCCGUGGCUCAGUGCGACGCCGUGCUCAAGGUGCUUGACGAGCUUCGUGUCCACGGGGCCCCCAUAGUGACGGCCUGGAACAAGAUAGACGCCUGCCCAAACCCCGACGCAGUGCGCGCGCUCGCCGCGGGCCGCAGCGACACGGUCGUCAUCAGUGGUUACACCGGUGAGGGCAUUGAGCGGCUGCUGGAGGUCAUCGCUGACACACUGGCCGCCAGCAUGGUGGACAUGGAGCUGCUGUUGCCCUAUGCGGCCGGCGACCUGCUCGACGAGCUCCACAAGACGGGCAGCGUCAAGAGCCUGGAGUACGAGGAGGGCGGCGCCCGCGUCUCCGCCGCCGCGCCGCGCCACCUGGUCGGCAGGCUGCGCCCCCACCAGCUCGGCGGCCCCGGCGACAGCGGUGCGCCGGCGUCGGCGGUCGGGUCGUUCGAGGACGUCGGAGAUGGGAGCUUAUGGGUGGAGUCGGGCGGCGGGUGGAGCGACGGCGAUGAAGACGAGGAGGAGGGGCCGGGGCGGCUGGGCGUCGGCGGCUACUAUGGGGUCGAGGCUCUCGCGCUGGAGCUGGAGGGCGAGGAGGAGGACGCCGAGCUGGCGGCCGCGGCGCGGCUGCUGGAGAACGGCGGCGCCGGCGCCGAGCUGAGAGACCUGCGGCAGCGGCGGCGCCGGCGGCGCGGCGGGAGCGGGUCCGGGUCCGGCGCGGAUGAGGAGGGCAGCCGGCGGCUGUUUGCGCACCGGCUGCCGCCGGAUUGGGAUGAGGUGGUGUAUGCUGGGGACGAGCGGGCCGUGGCGGCGGCCCUGUUUUGA